AUGCACUUGGAACAUGGCCUAUCUCUAGGUCUGGCUGAGGAAAAGCCAUUGCCAAAGAGCCGUCGUGAAGCGGUCUAUCAUUUUAUCGAAAAUGGACAUCUCAACUACCUUCCAGAUGAUUCAGACACAGUUUCAAAUGUUCUCACAGAUGGUGGCAACAAUGCCAGCAAGAUGUCAGUGAAGAUCCCCGAGAAUUGGGAAGAGAAACCACUUGACGAUCCUGUUCACACCUGUGUUCAGACAUAUCUUACUGCAAAGCGCAAUGGCCACUUCCCAUAUUCCUUGGAACCUCACCUGCCCACUACCAAUCCACCUCCUGUGUCUGCACCCACUCUGUCCAUGUCAGAGACCAGAUCGAGACAAAGGAAGGUCUCCAUGGCAGAGGGCUUCGGCCUCAGCGACUUAUGCCAGGAGCACUGUGCCAAGUAA